AUGCCGAGGGUAGGAAGCAGCCGCUGGGACAAGUCGGGCUCCGACAGUGUGCUGCCGGAGUCACGCAUCGUGAAUGAGGAGGGGGCGGAGAAGCCGUCGGUGGCCCUGUUCCAGCACUUCUUCGUCCUGCGAGCGGCCGGGAAGAAGAGGGGAUCCUCCGACGUGGACAUCGCCGGCUGCUGUAAUUUCCAGCUGCGGGACGGGCUCGGCGAACUCUACAUUCCGCAAGGUCUGGUGGAGCGUCCGAGACGCUGGAACCCCGGGACUAUACAAAUCCCCGGGGUGGACGAAGGGGCAGGUAGCGAGCAGCAAACCGGCGUCAGGGACGCUGCGGGCAGCAGGCAGCAGGCCGGCGGCAAGGAUGCCGCAGGCGGCGGGGCAGCGGCCCAAGGGGACAAGGGGAAGCGUCCCCGGUCAUACGUGCCCCAGCCAUCUUCCUCGUCGUCGCCGUCACCUCCACGGCAACAGCCGGCAGAUGGUGGCGCGAUGGAGAGUGGCCGGGGCGGCCAAUCGUCUGGCGCGGAGUCCAGGACGGAGGCCAGGUCUAGGGCGCGGGAGCUCGAGGACCAGGGCCCGGCUGGCGGCGCAAUAGCUGGCGCCCGAACCGACCCGCCACCGAAGGCAGGCUCCAAAGCGGCCCCUCAACAGCCCGAGGGCCAGAGCCCUCCACCGAAGCCGCAGGGCCUCGGCUUCAAAAUCCCCGAGUCCCGGUGGCUGUAUCGCGGGCCGAAGUACAUGCCGCCCAAGGACCCAGCAGGAGGCCAAAGGAAGCUAGAGGGGCCGAGGUCAGCUCCCGCUCCUAGGCCGAGCGCUCCCGCUCCAGGGCCGAGCGCGCCAGCAGGCCCGGAGCCGAGGGCGCCGACCAGCCCUGGGCCGAGGGCAGAGGCCGCUCCCGAGCAGCCAGCGCCGAUCGAGCCCGCCCCGAGCAUUCUGAGGGCGGAGCGAGUGGCCACGGUGGAGGUGGUUGCGGCUAGGGCGGCGCCGGUGCGGCAGCCUUCGGGGACCCUGAGCGCCUCUACAGAGAGGGCUCACAGGGGACCCAGCCCCCGGCCACCGUCUAGCCAGGCCCCGGAACCCCUCCCGGAGGUGCUCGGAAGCGCUUGGGAGGUUAUCGAGCGGCUUAAAGUGGCCGUGGCGGCGGAGCGAGCCGAGCUCGACAAGGAGCGCGUCGCCCUCGUUGAAGAGAGGGGGCGGCUGGAAGAGGUCGGCAAGCUUUUGGAGGCCUGCAUCGUCUCGGCCCGUGCAACCUAUGAGAAGUCAAUGCGUGUGGUGGCCGAGGAGCGGGAGGCGUUGGAGGAGACGCGCGACGAGGCUGUCGCUGCGCAGGAGAAGGCCAGCCGCAUGGAGCGGCAGCGACCGAGCGCGUCCAGGCAUCCCGGAGAGUCUGUUGGAAAAGAAAAACAAGUUCAAGAUGAUAAGUUCAAAGCUCACUUCAAUGAACAGCUAUACAACAAUCUAGCUACAGACUAUUCUCAAAAUGUUCCUCAAAACGACCAAGUGAAUGUCUUGCAGAAGGAGGAUAACCCUCGAAACAUAUAUGACAUGCUUGUGGAAUUCAAUUCCCAAGAUAUGUUUGGAGACCUCAGUUAG